UUAAGUAACAUGCGGGACGAAAUCGUUAUUGAACUUUUCCGAGUUGCGUGCAGUUUUUACUCUUUAUUUAAAAUGUACUUUGUUAGUACUAGGUAAAUGAGUUUUAUCUAAUUGUAAAUUAUUCGGGAAUGUUUGUUGUGUUGAUGUGGUGCAACAGUGUUCCUUUGUAAUUGUUGUGGAUUCAAGAGGAUCAAGGUUCGGACCGGCAACCCAUAAAGGUAGGUUAGGGCAUCGUGGGACCGUCAAGGGAAUGGUGAGGGUUUUUCAUGAUGGUAUGUUCAUAAAAUUGCCAAGUUUAUCUAUACAACUAAGGUUAAGCGUUUGUAUUUUAUUUAAAUGUUGUAUUAAUUUAAUAACAACAAACUAUUAUUGCUUGGGGUCUCAAUUUUGCCGCGCUUUUCGGUGUUCAAAAUUAAUUAACGGGCAGUUCAGUGAAGUGAAAAUAUUUUGUGUAAAUUGACGGAAUAACAAAAAUCGAUAGUUUGGAGGUAGGUAGUUAAAUUUUAAAAAUGGUUUGUAGUUGUUAUUGGCAUUUCCUAUCCGAUUUUUCUUUUAGGGUCCAGAUUCAUUCCAGAAGUACCUAUUUAUUUAAUUUUUCUGAAGAAAUUAUUUACAUAACAAAUACUGAAGAGGUAAUAAUUUUUUUAUUAUAUUUCUGUUUAAUUAUCAGUAAGCUUCUAACAUAAUAGACUAUGCUGUCGCCACAGUUUUCAUUUCUUAAUGUAUAUUGGACAUGGCAUGCAGUUUAUCCUUCAUGUUUAUUCAAAAUCAGUAAGAAAAAUAAAUUACUUUAGAUUAGAAACUAAAGAAUUUUGUCUAUCCUGCUGUAUAUUCUAAUAAGAAAUUUUGAAUUACUAACACUCUUCUCUAACUGGUGUGCGUAUUUGAAAUUAAAAAUGAUUACACACUGAGUAUUAUAAAGUGGCUGUGUCCAUAUUAAGCCAGUUGUACCGAAUUAAAUUAAUAAUAAUAAAAUUUUAAUUCUAUCUCCGUUUGUGCGUCAAAUUAAAUUUCCCACAAAUCUGCCAUUUUAAUGUUAUACUUUAUUCACGAGGGUGUAGGUGACAGCACCAAUCAGACAUUUUUAAAUUAAAAAAAAAAGAAGGCUAGGGCGCCAAAAUAAAACUGACAGGUGGAGGUUAGUUUAUGAACAUGUACUAUUCUUUGUAGAGAAAUUUGUUGAAAUUCAUAAUAUAUAACAUUUAGUUAUUAUUUUUAUGGUAGGUAUAGGUAUAUUUUUGUGAGUAAAAAUUUAUAAACAAUGAUUAACGAAGAGCCGCCUGAUGAAGAUGUAUUUAAAAUAUUAGUUGCAACAGAUAAUCAUUUGGGUUAUGGUGAGAAAAAAGCAGAAAUAGCUGAUGAUUCAUUCAGAACAUUUGAAGAAAUUUUAAAGUUAGCAGUAGAACAUUCAGUGGAUUUUAUUUUACUUGGAGGAGACCUUUUUCACAAUGCCUGCCCCAGUGCCUUUGCAACGUAUAAGUGCUUAGAUUUACUGAGAAAGUAUUGUCUUGGUGAUAAACCUGUUGAAUUUGAGUUUCUCUCUGACCAGUCGUUUCACUUUAGCCAUUUGUCAAAUCCCAGUGUUAAUUAUGAAGACCCUAAUUUAAAUGUGUCAAUGCCAGUCUUUAGUAUACAUGGAAAUCAUGAUGAUCCAGUUGGCCAGAAGCAAUUAUCUGCUUUGGAUAUUUUGGCAUCAGCUGGACUGCUUAAUUACUUUGGUCACUGGAAUGAUUUGACUAAAGUAGAUGUGGCCCCAAUGUUGUUAAAAAAGGGAGAAACUCAAUUAGCCAUAUAUGGAAUGUCACAUAUUAAAGAUGAACGAAUGGGAAGACUUUUUUUAGAUAAAAAGGUGACAUUCUUUAAAGCUGAAGGUGAUUGGUUUAAUUUAUUAGUUCUGCAUCAAAAUCGAUAUGAAGGUCGUGGUCGUAAAAAUUUUGUACCAGAUUCAGUUUUACCUGAAUUUUUGAACCUCAUAAUCUGGGGUCAUGAACAUGAAUGCAUAAUUGAACCUCAAAAAUGUAAAAGUGAUAGUAAUAUAUACAUAAGUCAGCCGGGAAGUUCAGUGGCUACCUCAUUAUCAAAAGGGGAAUGUCCCCAGAAGCAUGUAGGACUUCUUCAUGUUUACAAAACACAAUUCAAAAUGACUCCCAUUCCUCUUAAAACUGUAAGGCCUUUUGUGCACAGUGAAAUCCUUUUGGAAAUUAGAGAAGAAGACAAUCAAAAUGAAUAUGUGAAUAAAACACCGAAAGAAUAUGCAAUUCAACAAGUUAAUGAGGCCAUGGAAAAAUUAAUAAUAGAAGCAAAGAAAAAAGCAACUGAUGAAAGUAAAAACAUGUUGCCUUUUGUAAGGCUAGUAGUUUACUAUGCAGAUGAUUGUCAAAACUUUAAUGCAAUUCGAUUAGGAUUGACAUUCAAAGACAGGAUUGUAAAUCCUGAAGAUGCAAUUCUAUUAAAACGUGCAACAUCAAGGAAUUUUAAAAAUAAAAAUAAGUAUGAAGUGUUUGAAUCUGAAGACUUAAAAAAGCCCUCUGAUUGGGCCGAAGCAGUUGAAGAUGUGGUAAGAAAAUACUUUGAAAAUGAAGAAAACGGGAAAAAGAUUAAGGUAUGUUAUGCUGAACACUUGUUGGAAGCUGUAAGAAGGUUUACUGAUAAAGAAGAGUCAGAAUCGUCCAGCACAUUUGAUCCUUUCGAUGUGGUGAUAGAUCAUGAACGCAAAGAAACUGCAAAAAAAGUUAAGGAAAUUGCACCAGAACCUAGAGACUUAAAUAAUUGCUUGGAAAAUUUGAGGGCUGUUAGACAAGCUGCUGAGAAAGAAAUUACUACUACUAAUGUUGGUAAACUUUUGGACAAUGUGAAACUCACUUAUCCCACACGUUCUAAAAGUAGUGUUGGUUCGGAUAGUGAUGAAGCACUCAUGAUAUCUGAUGACGACGAUGGUGCAAGUCGUACAAUUAAUUUUAAUAACAAACCAGCUCGCGGAAGGGGUUCCAGAGGAGGAAGGAGAGGAACUGAAACUGGUAGGGCCAAGAGAAGGGGAAGAGCCAGAGGUGCUGCAGCUUUUCUGUAAUCAGUUAAAAAGGAUACAAACCUAAUAGUGUAAGAAGAAAGUAUUCAGGAAUUGAGAAAAAAGACUAAUCGAUUUCUAUAAACACAUAUUGGUUUUGUAUUUGUACCUCUAUCACGUUUAUAAGUGUUAUUAGAAUUCUCAUUUAAAUUUGAUGUAUAACUAGUUUUUAUUUUUUGUAUAAAAAACUUGUUUUUAAAGAUAAACAUAAGGCUAAUGAAAUAUUCAUCACAAAUAAAGCUGUUUAACUAAACACAGAA